AUGGCAGCUGCGUUCGUCGUAGCUGAGGAUCGUGAAGAAAAGGUUAGAGAUACGAACAAGCGCAGAGGCGGGACAAGACUUCAACAAUCGGAUGCGAUCAUGAACGGAACGUGGGAAGGACAGCCGCCCAAAUCACCACCACAGCCGACAACUCUACCCACCGAGACGGAGGAAAUACUGUCAUCGCGGACCGAACAGUUUUCAUCUCUAGCCAUGCCGACGCCUGUCGGUAUAGAAGAAACGAUCCUCCAAGCUAUAUCUAUACCCUCGAUAUCAACGGAUGCUACCUUGACUGCUCUGCCUGAGCUGGUAGCGUUUGCCGUCAGACCCACCCUCACCGCUCAAGCCGAUGUCAAUAUUAAUGGAACAAGUACCAUACGAGCGGCUUCAACUACGGUGCCAGCAUUUCUUGUAGACUCUGGCGCGAAGAUAAAUGAAGAAGCGCUUCCAGGCAUGAAUCAAGAGGACCCAUUGUUAGUGACGGUUCCCGGAAUGAAUCAAGAGGAUCCUCUCUUGGUGACCGCACCCGCAGUAAUGCCGACCGCAGCUCCUGAAAGUUCGUUAGCGACCCCUUCGACUUCUGCGAUGACAGUAGAGAAGCCUAUGCCAGGGAAGAAGCAACCGAAACCUACAGCAGAUGCUGCAGUAGCCUCAUUGACAAUCCUGAGUGAUUCUGCUUCGACUAUCGCACAGACUUCGUCAACCACGAGCGCAACCAUCUCGAGUACCAUCGAUGUCUCUACGGUUUCUUUCUCUUUACCGCCCACAUUGACUAUCUCUACUUCGUCGUCAACAGAAUCUUCGACAACGACAAGCUCCUCAACGCUGCCUCCUGUUCUUACUUUUGUCACGAUUACAAGAACUGCACAAGGCAAAGAAGAUGCUCAAACAACUACACAAACCGUGCCCGCUCCACUAGCUGUCACUGCACCACAAUCGGCAUCCUUAUCGCUCUCGGCAUCCUCUUUAGUAGUUGGAUCGGCUACACCUUCGAGCCUGGCUACAGCCGUCAGUGUCGAGCCGCAGAGCGGCUUGACACCUCUAGCAAGAUCUUUAUUCAUCCUUUUCGGCGUUCUUGGAUUUAUUGCCAUCCUUAUUGCUUUGGGUGUAGUCUGGGUAAUGAGAUCGAACAGAAGACGUGCGCAAGCAGCUCGACAGCAAGCCGCUCAGAACCCCGCCCAGGAGACUGAAGAAUACGAUGGCUACGGCAACACGAUACACAUAUCUUCCAGCAACUCCAUCAAGACUUUCCUCACUGAGAGCGAGAAGGCCAUUGUAAACCGUGCCGCUACGCCAGACGGUGACACAGACGCAAGCACAAAGUCGUCCCACCAACUCACUGACGCCAUCAACUCCUUUAUAACUAAAUCACGUCGCCUGACUUACAAAAUAUCGCCUUAA